AUGGGGAAAGCUACAAAAUGGCUAAAGGGUCUAUUGGGGAGGAAGAAGAAUAAGAAGAAAAAUGAAGAACAAACGAGAAUUCCUUUGAAAACUGAUAAUACUGAUUGGUUGAGAUCAUACUUAUUAGCUUUCAAGGAAGAAGAGGAGGAUCAGAACAAGCAUGCAUUAGCGGUGGCGGCGGCGUCUGCGGCGGCGGCAGAUGCAGCGGUGGCGGCGGCACAGGCGGCGGCGGCGGUGGUGAAGUUGACUUGUAAAAGAGGAGUUACUUUUCGCGGCGGAAGAGAGCGGUUGGCUGCUGUCAAGAUUCAAAAUGUUUUUAGAGGGUAUUUGGCACGUAAAGCACUACGGGCAUUAAAAGGAGUGGUGAAGCUUCAAGCUGUCGUUAGAGGUUUCCUUGUCCGAAAACGCGCCGCCGCAACUCUUCAUUGUAUGCAAUCGCUAAUAAGAGCUCAGACCGCCGUCCUCCGAUCGCAAAGAUCGCAUCGUCUCAUCACUACCCAAAACCCAUCUCUCCCCAAAAUUCGUCCUAGGAAAUCAACGGAGAUGUUGUUAAGGUAUGAAGAAGAAGAAGAAGAAAGAACUUGUAGGGUUUCUUCAAAAUCUAUGGAGAAUGCACAUAACCUGUUCGACGAAAGUUCUAAGAUAGUAAAGAUCGAUACUUUCAAGCCCAAAUUGAAAUCCAGAUAUCACCCAGUAUCUGAAUAUGCAGACAGUUAUUACCCAGAAACUUCAUCUCCACUUCCAUGGUCAAGAAGAAACCUUCAAGAUCCACCAGAGUGGAGUUUCAAUGGCGAUGAAUGCAGGUUCUCAACGGCUCAGAGCACUCCGCGUUUCGCAUGUCGAUUGAGUCUUCCACAAACACCGGGCAAGAACAAUGAUUUUCCAAAGUAUAUGGCGAAUACUGAAUCGUUUGUGGCGAAAUUGAGGUCACAUAGUGUACCGAAACAGAGGUUGGAUAGUUGCUUGAAGAAGAGGGUGACUUUGAAUGAAAUAAUGGCGGGAAGGAGUAGUUUGAGUGGUGUUGGGAUGCAGAAGAGAUCGUCUUGUUCUUGAGUUGUUUGAUGAAUGUUUGAAGUUGUUUUUAUUUGUUUUUAUCAUUUGGGGAUGGAAAUUGUGUGAGUUAUUGUAAAUUAUUGACAAGGGUGUGAUUGUAGUGUCAUGAGUCAUGACUCAUGAUUCAUUUGAGUUGAUAAUGGUUAUGAUUUUAGAAACAAUUUUCUUUGGAUUUCAAAUAUCCAUUUGA